AUGGACAGAGAGCAAGAAGAAAUGCAAUUCUUAGGUCUCUUCGGCAUCUACACAGAAGCCUUCAAGAUCAUCUUCAGAUGGAGAAGAAUCUUUAGCCAAAUCACCCUAUCUCUGGUCCUCCCUCUCUCCUUCAUCUUCCUCGCUCAUAUCGAAGUUGCACACUUAAUUCUCUCAAAAAUCUUCCACCUCGAAUUUAUGUUACAUAGAUCACCACCAGACAGUCGAAGAUUCAAAAGAGUCUCCGAUGUUAUAUCAUCAGAGUGGGUCUAUUUCUGGAUUUUCAAGUUCGUUUACUUCACCUUCCUCCUCGUUUUCUCUCUCCUCUCCACUUCUGCGGUGGUUUACACCGUCGCCUCCGUAUACACAGCUCGUGAAGUGACUUUCAAGAAGGUCAUGAGCGUUGUACCCAAGGUCUGGAAGAGACUCAUGGUCACUUUUCUUUGCACUUUCGUCGCAUUAUUUGCGUAUAACUUCGUUGCAGGUCUAAUACUCUACUUCAUCCUGGAUCUCAUUGACUCCAAUGCUGGUGUGAUAAUUUUCUACAUACUUUUGGUCUGUUACAUAGUUGGGUUUAUUUAUGUGACCAUUAUUUGGCAGUUGGCUAGCGUUGUAUCAGUUUUAGAAGAAUCAUAUGGAUUCAAAGCCAUGAUCAAGAGCAAGGAACUGAUAAAGGGAAAGAUGUGGAUCGCCAUUGUUAUCUUCUUCAAGCUCAAUUUCUCUUUCUUCGCCAUACAGUAUGUGUUUGAAUAUUUUGUUGUUCGCCGAUGGACAUUGGAGAGGUUUGAGUACAGAUUUGGAGUUGGGUUAUUGUGUUUCUUCUUGCUUUUAAAGUUGAUUCUCUUCGGGUUGGUGAUUCAAACUAUAAUCUACUUCGUCUGCAAAUCUUACCACCAUGAAAACAUCGAUAAGUCAACGCUGUCCGAUCAUCUUGAGGUUUAUCUGGGAGAGUAUGAGCCUUUGAAAGCAAAGGAUAUUCAGCUUGAGCAAUAUGAAGUCUGA